ACACGGUGGAUCUGGUCUAUCAGGGUUCGCUGCUGUCUACCCUGGAGGAGGUUCUGCUGGUGCUGCUGGGCCCCCUGACCUUGAAUGCAGCUACGUUACUGCUGCUCCUGAUCAGAUGGGGCUGUCAGCUAGCGUUUGGCUCACCGCCCUCCUUCCUGUCAAAGUUUAUCAUGGCUGCGGCGGUGUGGACAGUGCUGGACCCUCUGGCGGUCUUUGCUGUGGAUGCCGUCCUGGGGCGUCUGUCCUACAGUGCAGAGGAACCGUUAGCAGAUGCUGCUAAGCUGUACUGGCAUUUCUUUCGGACUGAGCAGUCGGGCGCAGCAGGCAUCAUCAUCACACUCUUCUUGUACAGUGUCCACUGCAUCCUCUCCUUCACCUUCCUUUAUGUUUACUUCCUCAGACUUCACAAUGAUGGGAGACUAUUAGAUAUCUACCUGCGGCUCCACAGCACUGAGGGAGCAUUCUUUGUUCCACAUGACAUGGAGGUUUCCAACCAGGAGCUCAAUUACAUUGUAAAGAAGGCAGAGCAAUGGAGAGGCUUCAAUGGAGAGAGACGCAAGGUGGCAGUGUAUGACUACAUCUGGACGGAGGAGGAGCCUGUGGUAGGAUUGGCACCACCUUCGGGCACGCCCAAUACCGGAUGUGAGACCAGCACCCAUUUAUCCAUCUACACACUGCACUUGAGCGGCCUGCGCCAUCAUUACAGACACUUCCUGAGACAACCUGAUGGAGCCAUUUUAGAGGUGAUGCAUGAUUCUGACAGUAGAGAGUUUCAGAGAUCAGAGGUGCAUGAGGAACAUGGGAGGAUGAAGAAUGUGAUGCAUCUCAGAGAGAGGAAGAGGAGAAAACCUGCCUGGCGAUCACACAGGGUUGAGCCUCUUGGAGGAAGUGCCUGUGACUCAAGCAAUGGAAUAAAAGAGCCCAGCCCAUAACCUUAAGUAGCCACACAAUAAAAAUAAAAUUAAAUUAAAUAAUAAAAUAAAUGCCUUU